AUGGUGGGUAAAGAUACAGAUGAAGCGCCGUUUAAUACCACUACGGGAGCAGCAGCUCCGUUUAUUCCGACUGAUGUGAUUGUGAGGCAAAUAACACCGUUAAUUCCACUUCCAGUUGAGCGGAUUUACGAUCUUGUGGAACGUUUUGACCAGGGUAAAAUUGGAGGCUUGACCGAAGCGCAAUGGGUGCUUUUUUGUGAGGAAAAUCAGAAGCGUUUUACCUUGUUGAGCGAGGAGCAAUUUGGCUUUGAGCGCUUUAUUGAGUGUACUGUUCCGGAUGUUCCUGAACAGCCCAGCCGUACCCAUCGCUUUGCUCAAAGUGUUGUGCGUUUUUUGGAGGGAUUCGCAGCAGGUGGUAUUGCAGGUGCAGUUAGCAAAACGGUGAUAGCGCCAGGGGAUAGGGUGAAAAUUAUUUUUCAGGUUGAUCCAGGGAGACGGUUUACACUUCGUAAUGCAGUGGUCUUGGGUGUGGAGACGGUGCAUAAUCACGGUCUUUUGGGACUCUGGAUUGGAAAUGGUGCGAUGAUGAUGCGUGUGGUGCCUUAUGCUGCCAUUACCUUUGCUUCUUUUGACUACUACCACAGUGGAUUUCUCUAUUUGGCAAACUCUCAAGGAGUAGACGGAGCCGAAGAUGAGCGUUUAGCCGUAACAGCACGUUUCUUAGGCGGAUCUCUUGCUGGGGCGACAGCAACUGCCUUCACUUACCCCUUGGAUUUGAUGCGGGCUCGACUAGCAUUUCACAGCUCCACUGGUGAAAAGCCUCCAAGCUAUCGCAUUGCAUACAAAAUGCUAGUGGGAUCACAUGGCUGGAAGUCGCUCUACUCUGGUUUGGUGCCUACACUUGUGGGCAUUAUGCCGUAUGCUGGAUGCAGUUUUGCUGUUUUUGAAACGCUGAAAAGCCAUAUUGUUCAAUGGCAUAAUCUUCCCUCGGAAAAGGCAAUCCCUGUACAUGAGCGAAUGGUGGCCGGCGGAUUGGCUGGUCUUAUUGCUCAGUCCGCCACUUACCCUUUGGACAUUGUGCGUCGGCGUAUGCAGGUGACUCCUGGUCGUUACCGUGGCGUUUUUCACGCCCUCUGGACAAUUUAUAAGGAAGAAGGUGUUUUUCAAGGCUGGUAUAAGGGACUUCAGAUGAAUUGGAUCAAGGGGCCGAUUGCCGUCGCCACGGCCUUCACCGUCAAUGAUAUUGUUAGGCGGCGUAUUCGAGAGUAUGAAGAGAAAGCUGCUCAGUAUUCUCAUCGAGAGUACUUGGUGACACUUCCUGAGGCACUUGUAUGUGGUGGGGUAGCAGCUGGAGUGGCAAAAUUUUGGACUAUACCAUUUGAUCACUUAAAAAUUAUUUAUCAAGUGAGUAUGAGCGCAUCUGAUCCUCAUACGUUUGGACGUCAGGGUUUUGCGUUGAUAGGUGAUAUGUUAGCUGAGAAACCAAAUAUGUGGCAGAGCAGUGGAAUAACUAUGAUGAGAGUCAUUCCCUACGGGGCGCUUACCUAUUGUUUCUUUGAUGUCUUUCAAACAGCCGCGGAACGACUUUUGUACUCUGUAACGCCUUCACCUGCUACUAAUUUUCUUGCGGGUGGAUCGGCGGCUUCAUUGGCAACAGCCAUCUUAUAUCCACUUGAUCUUGUGCGUGCCAAUGCUGCUACAAAUAGACUUUCGCCGGUAUCUCAAUCAUACUACUGGAUACUCCGUGAUAUGGCACGAAAGAAGGGCUUACACUCUCUUUGGGAGGGCUGCUCUCUCGCCAUCAUGGGCAUUUGUCCUCUUGCAGGCAUAGGGUUUGCCACAUAUGAAUUCAUCAAGGAGAGAUAUGAAUGUGAAACCUUUGGUCAGCGGCUUCUUGCCGGCAUGUGUGCCGGGGUCGCUGGCCAAAUCACGACGUAUCCUCUUAAUGUUGCCAAGCGACAGCGGCAGGUUGAACAAAUUGUGUACUCGGGGUUGGGCGAUCUUAAAAAUAUAUUUAUGAAACCUGGAUUCUAUGCUUCCCUGUACAGGAAAAUGCCUUUUGGCUGGUCAAUAGGUGCAAUGACAUUUGGGAUAUCAUUUGCCGUCAAUGACUUGUGUCGUGACGGGGUUGUUCGGGCGAGAAAAGAAAUUUUACACGAUCUGUUUUUUAAGAGUUUAACAUGA